GUCCACGACGAUUCGGGAACUGCACCAAGAACGCCAAACCUAUCUUUUUGCCGAGAUUCUGCACCCGGUCACUGCCAUAAAAAAUCUUUCCCCAUAGYUUUUUUCUUCGCAUCUUACCGACAAAUCCAACCACCGAGACGUAUCCCCCACCAUGUCGUGCCUGCUUUGUUUCUCCGCAAAACCGCUCAGCGACGAUGAAUUAACAAAAGGAAAGCACGCCAAAAACCUUGCUCCGUACAAGGACAACGAGGAAAAAUUCCAGAUCUCCCUGUGCGAGACACCCUGCAAGGAACCGGGCUGCUGGUGCGGGACCAUGCUCUGCUGCUUUUGCAGCCAGAUGGUCAUGCGCAAAAAGGUCUUGAACCACGUCAACCCCAACAGCGGGUGGGACGACUACAAGUGCUGCCAGGGCUUCUACGGCGGCUGCUGCUGCUUCGAGCCGGGAAAAUGCGGCGAAAAGGCCUGCCCGGUCCCGUGCCUCUGNCCCCGCUCGUUCCGCCUCCCCGAGGUCGACCAGCAUCCGGUCGCAGUGCCGCCUCCUUCCCCUCGGUGUCGAUGCGUCGGUGGAAUUCCCCACCCGGCCGAGGCGGUGCGACGCAACCGUGUCGUACACCGACGUCCCAAAGCGGCAGGGGUCAAACCACGGGGGAUCCGACGACAACGACGACGACAACGACGAACGGCGGGCCCAAACCCUGCACGCCGCCGUGGUGGCCGUCGCCGCAUUGGGCAUCCUCAUCCGCGAUCGCCGGGGUGGUUCCGCAAGGAACGAGAUCGGUGCGGGUGCGCGGUUGGCUUGGGCUUAGGCUUGGAUUGGGUACGUACUGCUGUUCGUACUAGCACCAAACAAUGCCGGGACCGAUAGAAAUCUUCUCAUCGAAAUGCUGGAUCAAAACGAAAGGAAAACAAAAACUAAAAACUGCAUCGGGCAGAGGGGAUUUUCAAUUUUCACGAAGGAUCUCAAACUUUGAAAUGAAGCUUAGAAGUACGAUACAUACGUGUCCUACGUACGGUACUGUACUGUACAAGUACAAUACAUUCAACUUUCAGACGGUUAAUUAAUUAAGGUUAGAGUA